AUGACAACAAGCAAAUUUACAAUUAUAUCCGAUAAGCAUGGCAUUUUUUAUGUCGAUACGUCCUCCUAUCCAGAUGGCCAAUUAAAUUGUUAUAUCACAUGUGAUCAAUAUUUACGUAUAAUAUCGAAAAUUAAUCAACGAACCAAAAACUUCAUUUCUCCAAUGAAGAUAUCGUGUUUCGGUGGCACGAUAAUAAUUGUAUUUAUUCUAAGCAUCAUAAUCACGAUCUCUGCCAUUUUGAUAAUGGAAUCACUGAAAGUUAGUUUCAUCUGUGGGUUUAUAAUAAAUAUGUCGGCAGUUGUCAUUGUGUGUGUCGGUGGCACUCUUGUUUGCGGUGUUAGUGCUGAAUAUGCUAAUAAAAAAGAUGCGAUACGUAUCAGAAAAUUACAAUCUGAUAUACAAACAAUUGCAGAUGAAGAAUUUAUGACUAUUAAUGGAAUAGCUUAUACCACGUGGAUCAUAGAAAAGAUUAGCAAUAGAGGGUCAGGCGAAAGAUUAAAAUUGACUAUAGAAUUUCGUCUUCAACAGCAGGGAGCAGCAUUAGCAACAGUACGUUCUGUACGUGAACCAAUUGAUUGCAGAUCAAUUCGGUUAGAGUCACCUGCUGAAACUUCAGCUGCUUCUGUUCUUUUACCAGAUUUUGAACAAGUCACAAUAUCAUUAGAUAAUGAACAAUGCUCUCAAUAUGCAAUUGCUCCAGCUACUCCUCCGCCACCAUCCUAUUGUAAAGUUAUUGAUUCAUUUUCAAAAGGAAUCUUUAGCGAUUGUCCGAAAUGUAGUAAUCAAAACAGUGUAUUUAAUGCAAAAUAUUGUACACAAUGUGGAUAUUGUUAA